GUGGUUCUCGCUGAGCCGACUGUAUAACAAGUGAAACAACAGGUCGAAUGGGCCGUGGUGCAUUCCUUCCAUGGACAUCUAGCCACAAGAUUCCUUUUAACUGGAUUUGUGUGUGAUCAGAACUGUUUCAAAAGUGUGGAUAAAUACACUGGAUACCUUAGGAUAACUCGCGACAGCAUCAUCCAUGUGAUCGAAGGCAGAGUUUAGGAUUUUUUUGCUUUUUCGAGGAGAAUGCCGCCGCGGUGUCAUCAUCUGGGCUGGUUGUUAGGCUUGACCGUCUUGGCGGCUACGGUCUUAAAGCCUGCCUCUCCUCAAGGACUGCUAUCAUGUUCGCAGAAUCCUUGCAAAAAUGGUGCCUCAUGUGUAUCCAAUCCGAGAGGCGAGUCCUAUUGCAACUGUCCCCCGAUGUAUGUGGGAGAAUACUGCCAGCACUUGAAUCCAUGCCACACCGGUCCUGGACCACGAUGUCAAAAUGGCGGCACAUGUAACGUGGAAAUCAGUGUCACCAACGGUCCCACAUUCUCCUGUUCGUGCCCCGUUGGAUUUUCAGCAUCGCUUUGCGAAAUAACCGUCCCGAACAGCUGCGAUAGCAGUCCUUGCCUAAACGGUGGCACUUGUACUCUAGUCACUCUACAAAAUUACACCUGUGCUUGUGCUGCCGGAUAUCGAGGCGAUCAUUGCCAAUUACCGGAUCACUGUGCCUCCCAGCCAUGCCGAAAUGGUGCAUCUUGUCAAUCUGUCAAAGAUGGUUACAGCUGUACUUGCGCAAGGGGAUUUGCAGGCACCAACUGUACGGCGGAUAUCGAUGAAUGCCGACAAGAUCUGUGCGUACAUGGACGAUGUAUCAACACCGUUGGAUCCUACAGGUGUAAAUGCUCUGCCGGUUAUACGGGCCAAAACUGUGAGUCUCAGUACAUUCCAUGUGAUCCUAGUCCGUGCAUAAAUGGUGGAACAUGCAAGCACAUAAAUAACCUCAACUACCAAUGCUCAUGCCCUCCGGGUUUUACCGGAACAAAUUGCGAAAUUAACAUAGAUGAUUGCCCUGGAAAUCUUUGUCAAAAUGGUGCAACGUGUAUCGAUGGCGUUAAUACUUACACCUGCCACUGCCCACCUACAUAUACAGGAACAUAUUGCGGCAAAGAUGUUGAUGAGUGUGCUCUGAGGCCUAGCGUGUGUAAGAAUGGUGCCACGUGUACUAACACAAUUGGUGGAUAUACAUGCAUAUGUGUCAAUGGCUGGACUGGACAAGACUGCUCUGAAAAUAUUGACGAUUGUGCUGUUGCUGCUUGUUUUAAUGGUGCAACUUGUCAUGACCGAGUUGGGUCUUUCUUUUGCCAGUGUGCUCCCGGAAAAACAGGUCUUCUGUGCCACCUGGAUGAUGCUUGUGCAAGUGAUCCAUGUCAUGCCGGAGCUAUGUGUGACACCAGUCCUAUUGAUGGAACAUAUAUUUGUUCUUGUCCAAAUGGCUUUAAAGGAACUGAUUGUACAGAAGAUAUAGACGAAUGUGAAGAAGGGUAUCCAUGUGAGCAUGAUGGUAUGUGUGUAAAUAUACCAGGUUCAUUUAGCUGCAAUUGCACUAAAGGUUUUACUGGCCCAAGAUGUGAAAUCAAUAUCAAUGAAUGUGAUUCAAAUCCAUGCCAGAAUGAAGGCACUUGCUUAGACGAGAGAGGAGGAUUUCGUUGCGUUUGUAUGCCAGGCUAUACUGGAAUAUUUUGUGAAGAAGAUAUUGAUGAAUGUUAUUCUAAACCGUGCUUAAAUGGUGGUAUCUGCAGUGAUAUGAUAAAUGGGUUCAGAUGUUUAUGUCCAAUUGGAUUCUCUGGGAAAAAGUGUGAAGUGAAUGAAGAUGAUUGCCUAAGUCAUCCAUGUCAAAAUGGAGCUAGAUGUAAAGAUGCCAUUGCAAGCUACAUUUGCCUAUGCCCUCAAGGAUUUACUGGGACUAAUUGCGAGACAAAUAUUAAUGAUUGCCAGUCAUCCCCUUGUCGUCAUGGUGAAUGUAUUGAUGGUAUAAAUGCAUUUCAUUGCAACUGCAAACGUGGAUAUACUGGGAGAUUGUGCCAAACUCAGAUAAACGAAUGCCUUAGUAACCCUUGUCAGCAUGGAGGUAAAUGUGAAGAUCUUGUUAAUGGUUACCAGUGUAGAUGCUUGCCAGGAACAUCUGGACCAAACUGUGAAUAUAACAUGAAUGAAUGUGCUAGCAAUCCAUGUCGAAAUGGAGCCACGUGUAUAGAUGGCAUCAAUUCAUACACUUGCCUUUGUCAUUCUGGAUUUACAGGCCUGCUUUGUGAAAUAAAUAUUGAUGAUUGUGCAAGUAAUCCAUGUGCCAAUGGUGGAAUAUGUACUGACCUGAUUGAUGGUUACCGAUGUAAAUGUCCAAGAGGCUAUUAUGAUGCUAGAUGCCUUUCUGAUAUCAAUGAAUGCGAAAGUAACCCUUGUCAUCAUGGGGCUACUUGUGAGGAUGAAGUUAACAGAUUUAUCUGUCACUGUCCAGCAGGUUAUGGAGGACAUCGUUGUGAAAUCGAUAUUGAUGAAUGCCAAUCCAAUCCAUGCCAGCAUGGUGGUAGCUGUCGAGAUUCUUUAGCAAGUUACACUUGUACCUGCCUGCCUGGUUAUUCUGGAAAAAAUUGUGAAAUCAAUGUCGAUGAUUGUGCUAUCGAUCCUUGUUUGAAUGGAGGAUCAUGUAUAGAUCUAGUAAAUGCUUUCCAGUGUGUUUGUGAAGUUCCUUUUACUGGUACUAAUUGUGAAGUGGAACUAGAUCCAUGCAGUCCAAAUAAAUGCAGAAACAGUGCCAAAUGCAUACCAUCUUCAAACUAUCAAGAUUUUGCCUGCAGUUGCUAUUUAGGAUAUACAGGACGUUUAUGUGAUGAAGACAUUGAUGAAUGUGUCAUAUCCUCUCCUUGUCGAAAUGGAGCAACAUGUGUCAAUACAAAUGGAUCAUACAGCUGUUAUUGUGCAAAAGGUUAUGAAGGAAGAGAUUGCCUGAUCAAUACUGAUGAUUGUGCAUCUUUUCCCUGUCAGAAUGGUGGAACGUGUUUAGACGGUGUUGGAGAGUAUACCUGUCUCUGUGUGGAUGGAUUUGGGGGCCAACACUGCGAAAGUGAUAUCAAUGAAUGUGCAAGUAAUCCUUGCCAAAAUGGGGCUACAUGCAAUGAUUAUGUAAACAGUUACACAUGCACUUGUCCAUCUGGCUUUAGUGGGACAAAUUGUCAAACCAAUGAUGAAGAUUGUAAUUUAAGUUCUUGUGUGAAUGGUGGUACUUGUAUUGAUGGAAUUAAUAACUAUACAUGCCGCUGUGCCCCUGGAUAUACUGGAAGUAAUUGUCAAUAUCAUAUAAAUGAAUGUGAUUCACAUCCUUGUCACCAUGGUGCUACUUGUGUUGAUCAUGUUGGAGCGUUCACAUGUAUUUGUCCCUUUGGAUAUACUGGCUUACAGUGUGAGAAUUUUAUUGAUUGGUGCAGCACAGGCGUGUGUAUGAAUGGAGCUACAUGCAAACAGAUCAAUAAUACAUAUGGCUGCACUUGUAAGCAUGGUUGGACUGGAAAGCUCUGUGAUGUCAGUAUGGUUUCUUGUAAUGAUGCUGCUUUACAAAAAGGUAUUCCUCUUGGUGAUUUAUGUAAGAAUGGUGGGAAAUGUGAAAAUCAUGGUAAUAGUCAUCGAUGCAUUUGUCUUCCUGGCUAUGAGGGCAGUUACUGUCAGCAUGAAAUCAAUGAAUGUACAUCCCAGCCAUGUCAAAAUGGUGCAGCUUGCAAUGAUCUUGUUGGACACUAUUCAUGUUCUUGCCUUCCAGGUUUCCAAGGGGUGAACUGUGAGCAUAAUAUUGACGACUGUAAUCCAAAUCCUUGCCGAAAUGGUGGAACUUGUCAUGAUCUAGUGAAUAGUUUUGUAUGUUCUUGUCCUCAUGGAACACAAGGAAUUCUUUGUGAAAUCAAUCUUGAUGAAUGCUUUGAAGGAGCCUGCCAUCAUGGUGGAACAUGCAUUGACAAAGUUGGAAAUUAUGAAUGUCAAUGCCCACCUGGAUUUGUGGGGCCAAGGUGUGAAGGUGACGUCAACGAAUGCUUAUCAAAUCCUUGUCAUAGCUUGGGUACUCAAGACUGUGUUCAGUUGGUUAAUGAUUAUCGCUGUGACUGUAAAGUAGGUUUCAUGGGUCGUCAUUGUGAAUCCAAAGUGAAUUUUUGUUCAUCAAACCCCUGUUUAAAUGGGGGUGUCUGUUCAAGUGUUGCACAAGGUCAUCUGUGCAUUUGUACUGAGGGAUUCUAUGGUGAGAACUGUGGCUAUGCAAAUACAUCAUGCACAGGAAAUCCGUGCGUAAAUGGUGGUCAGUGUCGACAAAGGAAGUCAGGUUAUGUGUGUGUGUGCCCAACUGGUGCAGAAGGAAAAAACUGUGAAAUUGAUUCUCAUAAUGAUUGCUUAUCAUCACCCUGUUUAAAUGGUGGUACUUGUUAUGACAGAAUAGGUAAAUAUGAAUGUGUAUGCCCUGAAUACUGGAAUGGAGCCCGAUGUAAUAUAUUUGAUAGCUCUUUUGCUGGUGGACUUGGAGUUUUCCUUCAGCCUGGACCAAUACUGCGAGUGGAUGGAGAAGAAAAAAUAGAUUUAUGUCAACUUCAUGAAUGUGAUAAAAAGUCAGGAAACAGAAAAUGCAAUGAAGAAUGUAAUAAUUUGGCCUGCAAUUUCGAUGGUGGUGACUGCACAUUAGGUAUAAAUCCUUGGUUGAAUUGUUCAGCUGCUAUUAAUUGUUGGGAUGUAUUUGACAAUAAAGAAUGUAAUAUAGAGUGCAAUAACAUUGAUUGUUUGUUUGAUGGUUUUGACUGUGAACAAAAGCUGUUACCUUGCAAUGAACAUUAUGAUACAUACUGCCUAAAAAAUUAUGGGAAUGGUUAUUGUGAUUACGGCUGCAAUAAUGAAGAAUGUAAUUGGGAUGGCUUGGAUUGUGAAUCUGAGCCUCCAAAAUUAGCUGAUGGAGCACUUACAGCAACUAUAUUGAUGGAGCCAGAGGUGUUUUUAAAUAACUCAGUACCUUUUCUAAGAGAGAUUGGACAUGCUUUAAGAACAAUUGUUCGUAUUAAAAAGGAUGAAAAUGGUCAACCAAUGGUUUAUCCUUGGCAUACCAAAGAUGUUCCUCCUGGUUAUCAUUAUAAAAAGCAGGGAAGUAAAAUUUAUAUGGAAAUUGAUAACCGAAGGUGUGUCAAAACUGCUGCUACUGAAUGUUUUCAGUCGGCAACAAAAGCUGCACAAUUCCUUGCUGCUGCUCACUCACGGCAAGCAUUUGCUUUCCAAAUUCAAGAAAUCAGUGGAGAGGAUAAAGAGAAACCUGCUGGAGUUCAGAUGUAUUAUUAUCCUGAUCUAAUGUACAUCGUGAUUGGAGUAAUAAUAUUAAUAAUAAUGGGAUUAUUGUUUGGAGUUUUGUUUACAACCCGCAAACGAGCAAGGGGUAUAACCUGGUUUCCUGAAGGCUUUUUUAGAACUAGUAGUAGUCAGCGAAGAAGAUCUCGCAGAAGAGGUCCUGAUGGACAAGAAAUGAGAAAUUUGAACAAACAGUCUUCGGCCAAUAGAGUGGAUGUAAAUUCCAAUGACAAUGCUGCCUCUCCUCCAGCUCCUCCUUUGCCGCCAUCCGAUUCUAAUCAGUGGAGUGAUGAUGAUGGGUUGGAUCAUCCCCCUGUCAAAAGAAUGAAAAGUGAGAAAUCUCAAGAUGGGAGUUUUGGUGACAGUCAGAGUUCAAUUGCACCACCUGAGUAUGAUGAGAGUGAUCCACGUCAAUGGACUCAACAGCAUUUGGAUGCUGCUGAUGUUAGAAACCCUGAUAUUUUAGCCUUAACCCCACCUCAGGGAGAUGGUGAUAUGGAACCUGGGAGUGUAGAUGUUAAUGUUCAAGGACCUGGUGGUCUUACCCCUUUGAUGUUGGCAUCCUUUAGAGGAGGAGGAAUAGAUGUUAUUGAAGAUGGAGAUGAUGAUGAUGGCUCUGGUAGCAUGAUACAAGAUUUGUUAAUGCAGGGAGCUAAAAUUAACAUGACUUUAGAAAGAACAGGAGAAACAUCUUUGCAUCUAGCUGCAAGAUAUGCACGAGCUGAUGCUGCUAAAAGACUUUUAGAUGCUGGAGCUGAUGCCAAUGCACAAGAUAACACAGGGCGUACACCUCUACAUGCAGCAGUUUCAGCAGAUGCACAAGGAGUUUUUCAAAUUUUGCUGAGGAAUAGAGCUACAAACCUGAAUGCUCGCAUGCAUGAUGGAACAACCCCUUUAAUACUUGCUGCUCGUCUUGCAAUUGAAGGUAUGGUAGAAGAACUAGUGAAUGCAGAGGCUGAUAUUAAUGCUGCGGAUGAUCAUGGUAAAACAGCUUUGCAUUGGGCUGCAGCUGUAAAUAAUGUUGAUGCAGUUCGUGUACUUAUAUCACAUGGUGUUAACAAAGAUGCACAGGAUAAUAAAGAAGAAACUCCUCUUUUUCUUGCUGCCAGAGAAGGUAGUUAUCAAGCUGCAAAAAUCCUUUUGGAAAAUCUAGCAAACAAAGAAAUUACAGAUCAUAUGGACAGAUUACCACGUGACGUAGCCUGUGAACGCAUGCAUAUUGACAUUGUGCGUUUGUUGGAAGAGUAUGUUCCCCCGAGCCCUCAGAUAGCAAAUGGUAAUUUGAAUUCAGGAUCACCUGCAGUACUACUAUCAAGCCUGCUUGGGUCUUCUAAAUCAAAACCUAAACGAAGAAUUAAAAUAAACAAUGUUGGUUCAGCACCAACAAGGGAAACAUCUGAAUCUGCAACUCAGAAUGUUGAAAAUGGAAUUAGAAGGAAACCAUCAAUUAAAAGGCGAAAAGAAUCAUCACAUAUGCUUGUACAAGGAAUGGAUGGUUCUAUGUCCCUCUCACCUGGUGAAUCCCUCACUUCUCCAAAUGGUAUGGGGCAAAGUGGAAUAGAAAAUUCUGAGCCAAUUUAUACACAGUUGACUAAUGUGUUACAUUUGCAGCCCAAUACUAUGAAACAGUUGCCUUCAUAUGAUGAUAGGCUUAAAAUAAACUACUGCUCAAUGGCUGCGUCAAUGGAUAAUCAGGGAUUGGGUCCAAUGUAUUUGGAUCCUGGUUUAACAAAUUCUAUGCAGAAUGCAUCUUCACAUCACAUGCGGCAAAACUCCAUGCCAAAUAAUGGUGCAGUGCCGCCAUCAUCACGUCCUUACAAUUCUGCCUCGCCAAUAAAACAGCGACCAUCCUUACCUACAUCACCUACUCAUAUGGCAGCAAUGAGAGCUGCUCAUCACCAACGGACUACAAAACUACAGUCUCAGGGUGGGGGUAAUCCAACAUAUGACUAUCCUUCAGCAAUAUCUGAUGUACAGCACUUAAUGGGAUCUAGCCUAAAGACAGGGGUGCAAGGUAAUGGACAGCAAUCAUUAUACCCUCAUUUAUUUCAUUAUCCUACACCUCCAUCUCAGCACAGUCAUAGUGGUGGUGAAUCUACACCACAACAUUAUCUUCAUCCACCUGAGACUUACUUGACACCUUCUCCUGAAUCACCAGGGCAAUGGUCAAGCUCAUCACCACAUUCUGCCCAGUCAGACUGGUCUGAGAGCAUAGCCAGUCCAAUGGGACAUGUUCAUCCUCAACAUGCAGUUGAUCAUUCACAGCAUCAAAAACUGUUACCUGUGAGUACUAACCAACAAGUUUCUGUGGCUCAGUCGCCAGAAGCUGUUUUUAUAUAAAAAAUAUCACACAGUGUCUGAAAUUCAGAUUUAAGAUAUGCUGCAUGUCUGCCAUAAAAUGAGUGCUAAUGCUUUUGAGACUUCACAUAUUCUUCAUUUUUGUAUAGUUCAUAUUAUACAUCAAAAAGACAUCUCUGAAAUCACAGAAUAGUGCAGAGUUAUUUAUUAUACAUUUUCUAGUUUUUAACUCAAAUAUGUUUUCUUGAAUCUUCAUCUUAGAUGUUCAGUUUCGUGGUUUUUACUACUGAUUAUUUAAGAAUUGCAGCAUUUAAUGCAUUUGCUGAUGGACAGCCAAAAGUUUCAUUGUGUAUAUUAAGCUUUUCAUUGUAGUAAAAUUGAACAAUAUCAAUUUUAUUCAUGUACAUCAUCAGGCAGUUGCAUUUGUAGUGUUGCAAAAUUGUGAUUGUGCCAUUUUUAUAAGUGAAAAAGGACAGACAUUUCAUUCAUUUGCUGAGAUAGAUAAAAAUCUGUCCAGUUAUUUUGUAUAAAAUAAAUUCUUCGUACUGUGCAUUUGAUGAGAGUGUAAAUUCACCUGUUUGUAUAUUUUGUAGCAUUUUGGGAAUUUUAUUGUAUAUUAAUGUAAACUUGCAAAUGUUAUAUCUUGUAUCAUUGUUUAAAAAUAUUUCAAGUUAAAAGAAUGUACGAAAUUCUCUGACUGAAAAAAAAAUGUUAUGUAAAUCUUCACUGGUUUUAAAAUAGAAUACUUUUGUAUGAAUAUUUGAAGGGGUAUAUUUGAUUCAGCCCUUGUUUAAUUUCAAACUAUGCACUGAAAUGCUUUCCAAAUCAUUUUCUUUACCUUUUUCUUAGUAAAGAAAAUGAUUAAAAACUCAAAAGUGCAUAAGUGAAUAUGUAUAACAUUCUGUGCAGUAGUUUUUUCAGUGUUGCUCUACGUUUUAGGUGACAAUAUGACUAAUUUGUAAAGUUAUACACUUAAAAAAUUACCAGUAUGGUAUUGUGAUUGUGUGCAUUACAUACAAGAUUAUGCUCGGCAUUUUAUACUAAACUAAGCAGUACAUGGCAAAAUGAACUUUUAAUUUGUGCCACUUCAUAUAAAUUAUUCAUAUUUGAUAAUUAUAAGAAAUAUCUGGAGAAUACAUGAUCAAAUUAAUAUUAGCCAACUAAUAAAGCAUAUCAGCAUAUAGCCUAUAUUUCUAAUGUGUAUUAUAUCAAAAGUUUUAAAAGAAUCUCAAUAUUUAUUUCUUCAUUUUACCCCCUCCUUAUAAUCUUGAAUCAUUAAUGCAGUGCAUUUUUAAUAUACUCAUAAAAUUCUCAUCAUAAUUAUUUUCUGAUUAAUUCUAAAGUUUUUGCACUCCAUAUGCAGAGGCUGUAUGAAUAACACAUGUAGCAAUUACAAAGGGCUCCCACAUACCGAGAGACCGACAAAUCAUUAAUUCUUAACAAUAAAUAUAAUGUCUGUCUUAAGGCAGCUACUGAAAGUUUGAAUGCAUGUCUGUAUUUCGCAAAUCUCCCAUUGUUCAUAUACUGAAAUUUGCUGUAUUUGUAAAUUCUCCAUGACAUAAGUAUUUCCAAAAGCCAUAUAAAAGGAAUAAUAAUAUAUUUUGAUUGAAAAAAAAUUUAAAUUAUGUAUAUACUUCAUACCUGUAACAUUAAAAAACUGAUUGUAUAUAUAAGAAAAUUAUAAAAAUCAGCUCUUAAAUUAAAAAGGUAACAAGUUAAAUUGUAAGAAAUGCUUACUCAUUUAAAGUGGUGAUUUCAGGAGGUUCACUGUCAUUAAGAAACAUUUAACAUUCGCAAAUAAUUUUCAUGUAGUCAGACUGAAAUUGACAAGAAACUGUUAUUUUCUCUGCAUAGCAUUAUUUAUUCAUAGGCAGUAACCGUAUCGUAACCUUUAUUUAGAUUUCUCAUAAUGAUGUAUUUUGAACACUGAAUCUUUAUUCAGUUAAAAUUUUAUCUUAAACUGAGAGCUUCUUUUAGGGUAUGGUAGGUAAAUAAAAAAUAUCAAUUCCUUGCAUUUCAGGAUCGUAUUUAUGCUCUUAUAACAAAAUUUUAUUGCAUUGUUUAUAGCUAAAAGAUAUUUUAUUAUUAUAUUUACUUACUUAAUAACAUACAUCUUAAUGAGUACACAAGGAAGUUCGAUUAAAAUUUUUAGAAUGCUAAUAUAACUUCUGUGAUUUUUAUAGGUUACAAUAGUUAAAAAAUAUAUUUUUUAUGUAUAAAGCUUUCAAACUACAUUACAGUUUUUCAAAUCUUUUUGUUACAUUUUUAUGUAUCUUUUAAGUUUUAUUUCUGAAUAACUUAGAAGCUGUUGUGAUUGCUCAAACAUUUAUAAAGUAGUGCCUUUAUCUCUUUAAGGAAGACUUGGUGCUAAGAAUUUAUGUAUUUUUACCUACAUAAAAUGAGAUGUUGCUGCCUUCAUGAUCCAGUUUAAGACAUUAAAAAUGUGUACUAUACAUAGAGUAUUUAUUUGCAUCUAGAAUUUCUUAUGGUUAACAUGUUUAAAUUUACUUCAGUCAUUGAUAAGAUGUUGGUUAAUAAUAAUCUUUAUGAAACUGCUGUAUUUAAACCACUGUUUCUUAAACUUUUGGGUUACUGCCCUUUGUGUGAGCACUGCAUAUAUGGUCCUGCAAAAGUAAUAGUAAUGACAACACAGUACAGCAGUACUUGUAUUACAAUAGUUAUAAUAUUGUUUUAGUAUUUAAUCAAUGACAUGAAUGAGCUUGGUAAAAGAGUGUAUAGCUUCUUUUAAAAUCUAAAGUUUAAAGCUUCCUUACCACUCCUUGAUUACUAAUGUCUUCCUGAUCUGAGGGCUUGGUAUUGCCCAUUUGUAAGAAAAACUGGAUUUAAACAAAGGCUUGGACUGUUGGUUACAAAAUGUUUUUAAAUUCUGUGUUAUAGGAAUGAUUGUACAGGAAGAGAAAUCAUUAAAAAAUUGUUGUAUUUAUUUUUUUAUGGAUAAAACAUCUGAAAUUUGCAAAUAAACUUGUGCUCAAAUAAUAUUUAGAUAAUGCUCAUAUGUGCGAGUUUUUAAAGUUAUAUCAAACUUCUGUCUAUGUUCUGUGCAUGGACUCUCUUGCCAAUGAAGUUUUAAAAAUAUGGGAACAAACUAAGAUAUGUGAUAAUAUUGCACAUGUUGUAAGAACAAAGUUAAUAUUUAACAUUUUUAUAUUAUUAUUGUGAGCAGUGUAUAGUUAUACUUUCAUUGUCAAAGAAUUUUCUUAUAACAGAAACUAGCUAUUAUUUUUGUAGCUCUGUUUCUGUAAGUAUUGUAAAAUUAAUAUUUUGUUCUGAAGUAUCUGUUUUUCAGAGAAAUAUUUUUGUAUUGUAGUUUUUCUAAAUAAAAGUUCUUAUUAAAUAA